UUGUUGCCAUAUAAAACUGCACAUGACAAAUGCGAAGUCCAUAUAGAGAGAGGAAAUUAGCGAGACAGUCGAUUUCGUUUGUCUUGUAUCUGCGCAGUAAUCACCAGAUCUGUUGUGCUCUCUCAUUUCGUCGCUGUCUGUUUGAAAAUCUGAUUCUGCAAGUAAAUAUCAAUUAUGAUUUCCUCCGCUAAGCUCAAAUCCGUCGAUUUCUAUAGGAAAAUUCCUAGAGAUUUGACAGAGGCGUCACUGUCUGGUGCAGGAUUAUCCAUAAUAGCAGCCCUUGCUAUGGUUUUUUUAUUUGGAAUGGAACUGAAUAAUUAUUUAACAAUCACCACAUCUACAGCUGUUAUUGUUGACAGGAGUACUGAUGGGGACUUCUUACGAAUUGAUUUUAAUAUGAGUUUUCCUUCACUCUCAUGUGAAUUCGCAUCAGUUGACGUGGGUGACGUGUUGGGAACUAACAGGUUGAAUAUAACAAAAACAAUCCGCAAGUUUCCAAUAGGUCCUGAUUUAAAACCCACUGGUACCGAAUUUCACUCAGUACCAGUUUCACAUUUCAUUAAGCAUGGAGAGGUAGGUGAUGAAGAAUCUGCUGAAGGUUCUGCGACACUAACUGCUAGCAAUUUUGAUGAUUUCUCACAUCAGUAUCCUGUUUUAGUUGUCAAUUUUUUUGCUCCUUGGUGCUACUGGAGUAAUCGCCUGAAACCUUCAUGGGAGAAAACAGCCCAAAUAAUAAGAGACAGAUAUGAUCCUGAGAUGGAUGGGCGAAUUCUUUUGGUAAAGGUUGAUUGCACAGAGGAGGUUGAUUUGUGUAGAAGGCAUCAUGUACAAGCUUAUCCAUCGAUUCGCAUAUUCCAUAAAGGAACUGAUGUUAGGGAUGAGCAUGGACACCAUCAGCAUGACUUGUAUUAUGGAGAUAGAGACACAGAUAGCCUGGUCAAGGCAAUGGAAGGGUUAGUUGCACAUAUACCGAGGGAGGGAUCUCAGAAGCUAGCUUUGGAGGAUAAAAGCAAAAAUCCUGCAGAGAACAUUAAAAGACCAGCACCAAAAGCAGGAGGAUGCAGGAUUGAAGGAUAUGUGCGUGUAAAGAAGGUUCCUGGUAACCUUAUCAUCUCAGCUCACUCAGGAGCCCAUUCAUUUGAUACUUCUCAAAUGAACAUGUCGCAUGUCAUUACCCAUUUUUCAUUUGGUCGGAUACUUACUCCUAAGGUGAUGAGUGAUGUUCAGCGAUUGAUACCAUAUCUUGGUAUAAGCCACGACAGGCUGAAUGGUCGGUCCUUCAUAAAUACUCAUGAUUUUGGUGCAAAUGUUACUAUAGAGCAUUAUCUUCAAGUAGUUAAAACUGAGGUGAUAACCACAAGGUUUUCCAGUGAACAUAAAUUAGUUGAGGAGUAUGAGUACACAGCCCACAGUAGUUUAACCCAGACUGUAUAUAUGCCGGUUGCAAAGUUCCAUUUUGAGCCCUCACCCAUGCAGGUUUUAAUAACAGAAAAUCGAAAGUCCUUUUCACACUUCAUCACCAAUGUCUGUGCUAUAAUUGGCGGUGUAUUCACGGUUGCUGGGAUUUUGGAUUCAGUUUUUCACAAUACAAUGAGAAUGAUGAAAAAAGUCGAACUAGGUAAGAAUUUUUAGUCGAAAAGAGAAAUGUUUUACUUUGUAGAGAACACUAAUUUUCCCAUAGACGCCAAUACUAGUGAGGAUUAUCUUGUUGAAACAUUUAAAAUGUACCCAUAUUGGAUAUAAAAUGAAGCAGGAGAAAAUUUUUUACUUA